AUGGUUGCUACCAAGUCUGUCCUGAGCGCUGUCGCUCUCGCCGGCGUUGCUGCCGCCGAAACUAUCGACGUCAUGGUCGGCCAGGGCGGCCUCAAGUUCGUCCCAGACAACAUCAAGGCCAAGGCUGGAGAUGAGGUCGUCUUCCACUUCGUCAUGGGCCACCACGACGUUACCUUGGGCAGAUACGACAGCCCAUGCAUGCCAAUUCAGGGAGAGAGCAUCUGGUCCGGUGUUGUCGACACCGUCGAGAAGGGCAAGGGCGUCACCUUCACCGUCCCAAUCCACGAUGACAAGACCAAAUGGAUCUACUGCUCCGUUGCUAAGCACUGCCAGAACGGAAUGAGUCUCGUCAUCAACGAGCCGUCCUCUGGAGACAACCAGGCCGACUACAAGGACCGAGCCAAGAUCGUUCCCCAGAGCGGUUCGCCAACCCAGGUCAAGGGAGGCACCCUCGGUGGCUCUGGUGGCUCUGGUGGCUCUUCUUCUUCUUCUGCCUCUUCCUCUGGCUCCUCCUCCGGCACUACCUCCGCUCCAACUCCCACUGGCGGCCACUCCAGCUCCCACCCCAGCUCUACCUCCGGCUCUGACUCCAGCAACACCCAGAGUACCCCAGAUGCCACCCUCAUUCCCAGCGGAAGCAUCCCCAGCGCCACCGGCUCUGGCAGCCAUAGCAGCACCCCAACUGCCUCCCCCGGUGCUGCUGCCGGCCUCAAGGGCAGUGCUGUUCUCGCUGGCGUGGUUGCUCUCGGUGCCUGGAUUGGCCUCUUGUAA